CAUUCAGAGGGUGAAUGGGCAAGACAAAAGAUUUAAGUGCCUUUGAACGGGGUAUGUUAGUAGGUACCAGACACAAUAUUAGGAAGGUGUUCCUGAUGUUUGGUAUAUUCAGUGUAUAUGGCAUUAUGACAGUCAUUGUAGUUGGCCUUUGCUGAUACAAUAAUGUCAGAUUCAGGGUGCACAACUUCACCUCAAGGUUCCUAGUAGUGUAUUCUAGUUUUCAAUUAAUCUUGAGUAUUAUGGGUUAACAGCCUGUUUGCGUCUUCUACCUUGCCAGGUCUACAUUGGGUAAUGUAAGGGAGAAAACCUGCAGUGGCGCUUCUCUAUUAUUAUACCUGUGAAAAAUUCUUUGUUAGUGAAAUUGUGACUCCGCUUCAUACAAAAUGGUCCCCCCCCCCAUUGUACUUCUAAUGGUAUCCCCUCAUGUUUUGUUUGUUUUGUCUAUGUUCUGUGACCACUCUCAGCUGGCCAGAGAGAUGAGCAUUACUCAUUUGAAAACAUGUUUUUGACCGAGGACGGACCAAUGUUAUACUUUUCCCCUCUAUUGUACCUUGUUUCUUACCUUUCACCAUACACAUUCUGUUGCAAUAUAGCUGUUUUUUUUUUCUGCUGGCAAGCACUUCAGUACGUGUUAAAUGCUGAAAACAUUUAAAUCACUGUUUGUUAACGGUGUCAAAUGCAUGAACAUUGAUUUCAAAUUGAAAUAAUACCUUUUGGAAAUAAUACUUUUCCGUUUCCACAUUGUGUAUACUUGAUUGGCUGCAAUUUACAGUGAAUACAAAUGAUGGAAUGAAUGGUUUCCAUGGACUUGUCAGUCGCUAGGUGGCACUAUGCGCCUAUUUUAAACAUUUUGUAACUCCCAUUACCUUCUUAUCAAGACGUGCUUGUUAACAGGACAAACAGGAAGUGUGUAAGGUUUGGGAGAGUAGUUGAAAAGUCUUGUAGCUAAUGUCAAAAAUUACGUUUCUGGUGCGUCGAGGAAUUGCCGAGUAAAUUGCAUUUGUUGUAACGAGGUGGUCUAUAUAAAUACAAGUCAAUCAUUGUUCCUUUAUAAUUUCAGUCGGAUACAUGUAGCCAGCCAGCCAUAAUUUACGCGUCACAGAGACUACAAAGGCAUUGAUUGACUGCGUGAUGAUGUGUACAACAGCUCUUUCUUACUAGCUCAUUAUUUUAGGAUUGAUUUAGCGUGAUAGAGUAGCUAGCACCUGGUUGUAUCGUAUUCACGACGUGGAGUGACGAUGACAUUACAAGUGGGUUGCCUAUCAUUCAAGCAGCCGUAUGCAGGAUUAGUACUGGACGGUGUAAAAAGUAUUGAGACACGUUGGCGCCCUCUGUUGUCCACAAUGGAAAACUGUACUCUAGCUAUUCAUAUUGCGCAGAAGGACUGGGAGGCCGACCAGUGGAGAGACAUCCUCACCCAUACACUGGGAAUGAGCCACAUGCAAAUAGAGGAACUUCUGGCAUCCGGAGACAGAUUUGGCCGUGGAGUCGUAGCAGGCUUGGUGGAAGUGGGGGAGACCUGGUGCUGCUCUGACAAUGUGCCAGAGAAGGAUCUGAGGGAGCUGGAGAAGGCAGCAGUGCUCACUGGGCUCACAGAGAAACACCUCACACAGCUGUCAAACCCACGCUGGCUCAAGGAACCCCUUUAUGCCAGAGGUCACAAAGACAUAUGGACAGUAGAUAUCCCAGUGCAAUUACUGCCAUCUGCGUAGUUGUAGUAAAAUAAUGUAUACUCAUUUUGUACUGACAGGAUCAUCUAUCAAGUUAGGGAGGCAAUAUAUUUGUAGACUACUCGCUUUCGCUUUAAGGUGCAAUAAAUGACCAAUGGACCAAAGUAUUGUCAAUGUUAUUGUAUAUCCUGCAUGUCUAAAAUUCAUAUAGACACCAUAACUUUGUUGCAAUAGGCAUUUAUUAUUAAUCUAAAUCUGUUUGCAGGGAGAAUGGGAGGUCUGAAUCAUUGGAGCUAUGGGAGGUGAAUCCCUGUGGCAGUGAGGAGUUAAGAGGGCAAGGGUGCCAUGCCAUCACUAAUGGAAGAACGAAGGAUAUCCAGGUGGUGGUCAUGUGGGUCUGGAGCUGGGCUAGACAAGCUGCUCGAGCAUUCUGCUUUGAGAACUGGGUAGUCAACCGGUGCUUGGGCUGCUGUUGCUGUGUUCUUCAGCCUCCUGGCCUGAAGUGCAAAGGUCUGGUGCCAACGAUAUGGCUGAAGUGCUUGGGAGUGGAGCUCCCCAGUUCAGCCCAGUCGGAGUCACACUGCCUGUAUCUGCAACGCUUGGGCUAUGCUGGUGACCAGCGCUGGUCUCAUUGCUGUUACCUGAUUUCUCCCUCCCUAUGCCAAGUCUUGUGCCUUUUGACCUGCACACAUCUCUUCAUUCGUGACAGGAGAUGUUUGAAUGGUUGGCGGAAAUUGGGAUUGGAGUAGUAGUGCAGCUGCAGGAUUAAAAAGUCAGUGUCAAGAAGUCACAAGUCCGAAUUGGAAAUUAGCGUAACACAAUUUGAUAUUCAUGAAACUUCCCUUUGACGUCCAUGCGUUGUCUUUCCUAAGCAAUGAAGGUGCUUAGUGAAGUCAACCUCGAUACCAGGGAAAGCUCUUAAAUCCAUAGGCGUUGAGUUGGCGGAGAAAACUCUUCAUGCCAGACGUUUCGCAGAUUUUGGAUGGUUCGGUGCUUUUCAUUACCUCCCGUGUGAACAGCUCCUCGUCUAUCAAUACUUACAUUCCCGUGAGGCCCCAUUUCAUAGAUUCUAGAAUUUCUCUCUAGUGGUCCACAGUUGUUUUGAGAAUGAAAUGUAAUAAAAAUGGGCAUCCACUGGGUUCAUUUUGUGUCUGAGCGGUAUCUUAAGGUUUCUUGGAUAUGUUUUUCUGAGCCAGAAUCUGGAAUGCCCUCUUCCUCUUUUAGUCCUCGACUCCAGAGUGUAUACCGA